GAUAAGUUGAAAUGCUUGAUUUUAGCUACCAACAUCUGGUUGUGGCAGGUACAAUUAGCCCUUCACUGCUUAAACUACAUCAUUUGACUUCUUUAAAUUUCAGCAGUAAUGAUUUUAAUGGAAGUCCCAUCCCAGAGUUUUUUGGUUCUUUGAAAAAAUUGAAAUUACUGGAUCUCUCUAAUGCUAAUUUUAGAGGUCCAAUUCCUUCUCUACUUGGAAAUCUUUCAAUGUUGGAGACUCUUAGACUGGGUAGCAACGGUAGAGUUUUCAAUGUUGGAAAACUUGAGUGGCUUUCCCAUCUUCCUCGUUUGAAAGAGGUUGAUCUCAGUUUCACUAACCUGAGCAAUGCCAAUGAUUGGUCUCAAAUCAUUAACCAUCUUCCUUUGCUUCAAAAACUAAAUCUGAGAGAUUGUGAUCUUCCAAGCAUCUCAUCUUCUUCUGUUUCCCUUACCAACUCUUCUACAUCUCUCAACACUCUCGCUCUCUCUGAUAAUAAUCUCCCUUCUUCUGCCAUAUAUCCAUGGUUGUUUAAUGUUAGCCGCAACCUUGUUUCCCUAGAUCUCUCAAAUAACCAGUUGAAAGGUCCAAUUCCAGAAGCUUUCGGGAACAUGAUUGCUAUUCAAGAACUUUAUCUGAACGAUACUCUUUUAAAUGGAUCCAUAAGCAAAAGCAUUGGACAACUUUCGAACCUGCGAGUCUUGCGGCUUCCAGCGAAUUCUUUUGGUGGUGAUGUAAUUUCCGAAGCUCAUUUCUCAAAUUUCACCUAUUUACAGGUGUUGGAUUUAUCCGAUACUUCUUUGACUUUGAAAUUCAACUCCGGAUGGAUUCCUCCCUUCCAACUGAAUCAACUAUUGCUUUGCUCUUGCAAGUUAGGGCCUCGUUUCCCAAAUUGGAUUCAGACUAAAAUGGACGUCCUAAACCCUGACGUUGAUAUUUCUUCCAUGGAUUACCUUGAUAUUUCUGCUUCAGGAAUUUCGGAUUCUCUUCCCUACUGGUUUUGGGACAAAUUUCAGGGAUUAUCGUACAUAAACAUGUCUUUUAAUCAGAUCAGUGGUUUGUUGGCAUUGUUUGAUCUCUCAAAUAAUCUAUUUUCUGGAGUGAUUCCAGACUGUUUUGGAAGUUUCCCGUUUUUAACAGCUUUGAAUUUGGGUGAUAAUAGUGUCUCGGGCUCACUUCCAAGCUCCUUAGGAUCUCUGAUUUAUCUUGAAAUGCUAAGUUUACGUGGUAAUAAAUUCUCUGGAGAAUUACCUUCAUCUUUACAGAAUUGUGCCAAGUUAAAAUUUCUCGACUUGAGUGAUAAUGAAUUAUCAGGAGAAAUACCUAUGUGGAUCGGUCAGAAGCUUUCAUCGUUGGUUUUUCUUAGCCUUCAAAGGAACCAGUUCAAGGGAAGGAUUCCCCAUCAACUUUGUGGAUUGAAAUAUCUACAAAUCUUGGACCUCUCUGUAAAUAAAAUCUCUGAUACAAUACCAUCAUGCCUCAAUAAUUUCACUUCCAUGACAAAAAAAGUGAGUUUAGAUCGAAUGAUUGAGCAUCACAUCGUAGAUAUUGGACCUGAAUUGGUAUUUAAUAAGGGUAUGUAUGUUGACAAGGCAUUGCUUACAUGGAAGGGGACAAAGCAAAGCUAUCCACAACUUGGAUUGCUACUAGCCAUUGAUCUCUCUUCUAACAAAUUAACAGGAGAGAUUCCUGAAGAAUUAAGUAGUCUUCAAGAACUGAAACAAGUUUUCAGGAAACAUCCCGACAAGCUUGUCUGA